ACGGGGGGAGAUGCCAAUCCAUCGCUGGAUGCUUGCCCAGAUCGAAACCCUAAUCGCCUCAAUCGAGUCGAGUCAAGUCGAUUCCCUCGUACCAGCGGUCGGCGGAGCGAUGCCGCCCGCCGUGGAUCGCGGCGACGACGACCUCGCCGGCGCGGCGGAGGCGGAGCACCCCGCCCUGCGGCGGAUCCGGCACCGGCGCCUCCUCGCCUUCCUCCAUCUCCAGGGCCUCGAGCGUACCUUCCAAUCGAUGGCCCGCGAGACGGACGCGGCCUUCUCCGCGGCCCACCUGGGGACCUUGGUCGCUCGGGGCCAGUGGCGCGACGCCAUCGGCUACCUGUCGCGCUUCCUGCCGCCGGGCGGCGACGGCGGGCGCCUGCCGAGCGUCGAGGCCCGGGUCCUGCGCCGCUUCCUCGCCGUCCACGCGGACCUGGCCGACAUCCUCGCCGGCACCGAGCGGGGCGACGCGCUCGCGGCUGACUUCCGCGAGUACCGCAGCCACGACCGGACCGUCAGCCGUGGCUCCCUCCGGAUCCGCUGCAUCGUGCUCGCCGCGCUCCACGACAAGCAGCAUCUCAGGGCCUCCCUGAACUGGGAACUUGUUUGGCGAAACGCCGCCAAGAUUGUCUCUAACUUGGUUUGCAGGAGCCCUGAGCUGAAACGCACAGUGUUAAUACAGCCCGGCCCAUUGAUGCCGCACAACGUGCUUCCGCUCCACUACCGUACGGGCAAGAGGUCUCACCAGAAGAAGAAGAAGAAGAACAAGCUGCAGCUUUGCCGCCGGACACGAGCAUAUAUUAUUGUCGAUCGCUAUCUUCUAGAAAGGGGGAGGCUGCACUUUUCAAGCCGCUCUAAGGAAUCACCUGAUGAAAAUGAGAAGAAAAUGAACUGGGUAGCAGAUCUUGUUGAUCGAAGUUUGAAAGCAGGUGAACCUCCAAAGCUCCAUCAGGAGAGCCCACUUCAGACAAGCGGAAAGCAAGGCAGUACUUCUGCUUCAGUAUCACAGACUACGGUUGGUGCCUUGGCUCGCACUGCUCGAGACUCUGGAAUGCCAUCAGCGGCAAAUGCAGGGACAAAUGCAGGUGAAUUGGCAAUGCAUGGUGCUCCAUUCUCGAGGACUACUACUGGUGCUACAGUCUCGCAAACAAAAACCCUUGUAUAAUGUCUGGAUAUCAUUGAUGACAAAUGCAGUGAGGCUGUUAUGACCGGCCAAGUCUACGAGAGAAGGAGAAGGAAGCGUGGCUGAAGGAGACGAACAGGACUCGGCGCCCAGACGCACGCUCCUCGUCAGCUUUUUCCGAUCGUGUGUAUCAGGCAGUUGUUAGGAGAGUCAUAUAUGUAUGCUAAGAUAUCUUGUAAGACAGUUAAGUUGGAGAUUAAUUAGAUCUUGCAUCUCGCUCACGUUCUCUUCUUGCUCGACGCCGGCGUCAGGACCGCGUCGCGGCAGCGCCGCCACCGGAUCCUUCUCCCUGGCAGCCAACAUCCCACAACUACAACCUGCAUGGUCUUAGCGGUCCUGACAAUCUGGUGAAAUAGAGGUUAGGAGUUCCAAGAGGUUGGCAGUGAAAUAGGAAGCUUUUUAUGGUGAAAUAUUAGAGAAUAACUGUAAAAAAAAUGUACAUCAAAGGGAUUCUGCUCACCAGGAUUUCUUUGCUUCACAUAGUCCAGGGACUCUUGCGCUA